AUGGCAAAGGCCGCCGACGUGGUGCGGCUACUCCUGGGCAACCCGGUGCUGUGGUUUACGCUGCUGUGCCCCGGGACGGCCUCCGCAUCCAAGGCGGUGACGGCUCACUUGGCCGCGAAGUGGCCCGAGACCCCGCUGCUGCUGGAAGCCAGUGAAUUUUUGGCAGAAGAAAGUAAUGAAAAAUUUUGGCAGUUUUUGGACACUGUAAAAGAAUUAGCGAUUUAUAAGCAAACAGAGUCAGAUUAUUCUUACUACAACUUAAUCCUGAAGAAAGCCGGGCAAUUCUUAGACAAUUUACAUGUAAAUCUCUUAAAGUUUGCUUUCUCUAUAAGAGCAUACUCUCCAGCUAUUCAGAUGUUUCAACAGAUUGCAGCUGACGAGCCGCCACCAGAUGGUUGUGAUGCGUUCGUGGUUGUCCAUAAGCAGCACACCUGUAAAGUUAAUGAGGUGAAAAAGCUGCUGAAGAAGGCCGCUGCAAGGCCCAGACCUUAUCUUUUUGAAAGGGAUCAUAAAUUUCCUACAAACAAAGAAAACUUACCAGUGGUUAUUCUCUAUGCAGAAAUGGGUACCAGAUCAUUUGGUAAAUUUCACACAGUAUUGUCUGAAAAAGCUCAAAAUGGGGAAAUUCUGUAUGUUCUUCGUCAUUAUAUUCAGAAACCAGCAUCACGGAAAAUGUACUUAUCUGGCUACGGUGUGGAGCUGGCAAUUAAGAGUACAGAAUACAAAACGCUGGAUGACACCCACGUUAAAGCCGUGUCUAAUGCUACUGUUGAAGAUGAGAUUGAAAUGAAUGAAGUUCAAGGAUUUCUCUUUGGAAAACUCAAAGAAAAGUAUUCGGAUUUGAGGGCGAACCUGACAGCAUUCCAAAAGUACCUGAUCGAGAGCAGCAAGGAAAUGACGCCUUUGAAAGUCUGGGAGCUACAAGAUCUUAGUUUUCAAGCAGCUUCUCAAAUAAUGGCUACUCCAGCUUAUGAUGCCUUAAAAUUAAUGAAAGACAUUUCGCAGAACUUCCCCAUAAAAGCCAGGUCCCUUACCAGAAUUGCUGUAAAUCAACAUAUGAAGAAGGAAAUACAGAAAAAUCAACAGGACCUUCUCAAUAGAUUUGAAAUUCACCCAGGUGAUGCUUCUCUGUAUAUAAAUGGACUUCGUGUGGAUGUGGAUGCUCAUGAUCCUUUUAGUAUGUUGGAUAUGCUGAAGCUAGAAGGAAAGAGGAUGCACGGCCUUCACAAACUCGGGAUCAACAGAGAAGAUAUUAGCAAAUUUUUAAAAUUAAGUUCACACGUCAGGGACAAUAACUAUGUAUUAGACAUUAGGCAUUCUUCAAUAAUGUGGAUUAAUGACUUAGAAAAUGAUGGCUUGUACGCUGCAUGGCCUGCAAGUUACCAGGAACUUGUGAAACCAGUAUUCUCUGGAAAAAUACCUUCCAUAAGGCGGAAUCUUCAUAAUUUGGUUCUGUUUAUUGAUCCUGCUCAAGAAUAUACCUUGGAUUUUAUAAAACUUGCCGAACUUUUAUAUUAUCAUAAAAUUCCUGUCAGAAUUGGCUUUGUGUUCAUUGUCAAUACAGAUGAUGAAAUGGAUGGGACAGGCGAUGCUGGGGUUGCCCUUUGGCGGGCUUUCAACUACGUUGCAGAGGAGCACGACGUGUCCCAAGCGUUUGUUUCCAUUGCUCACAUGUACCAAAACGUGAACAAUCAAAAUAUACUCACUGUGGACAAUGUGAAGAGUGUUCUCCAAAAUGAAUUUCCUUAUGCUAAUAUUUUGGAUAUUUUGGGAAUUCAUUCUAGAUACGAUGAUAAAAGAAAGGCAGGAGCAAGCUUUUACAAGAUGACCGGCCUGGGUCCUUUGCCUCAAGCUCUUUAUAAUGGUGAGCCCUUUAAACAUGCGCAGCAGGAUAUUCAAGAACUAGAGGCAGCUCUUCUCCAAAAGAUGAUGGAUAUGACCAUAUAUUUACAAAGGGAAGUUUUUAUGGGCACAUUAAAUGAUCGAACAAAUGCAGUUGAUUUCCUUAUGGAUAGGAAUAAUGUUGUAUCCCGUAUAAAUCAUUUGAUUUUGUACACUGAAUGGCAAUACCUUAAUUUAAUAUCUACCUCAGUAACUGCAGAUGUUGAAGAUUUCUCUACUUUCUCUUUCUUGGAUUCACAAGAUAAGAGUGCUGUAAUUGCAGAGAACAUGUCUUAUUUAACCCAAGAAGAUGACGGUGUAAUUUCUGCAGUUACUCUCUGGAUUGUGGCUGAUUUUGACAGACCAUCUGGGAGAAAACUGCUUUCGAAUGCAUUAAAGCACAUGAAAACAAGUUUUCAUAGUCGGUUGGGUGUUAUUUAUAAUCCUACAUCAAAAAUAAAUGAAGAGAGCACAGCUAUUUCCAGAGGAAUUUUGGCAGCUUUUCUCACACAGAAAAACAGCUUUUUGAGAAACUUUCUCAGGAAACUGGCAAGAGAAGAAACUGCUGCAGCUGUUUACUCUGGAGAUAAAAUUAAAGCAUUCCUCACUGAGGGGAUGGAUAAGAAUUCUUUUGAGAAAAAAUAUAAUACUGUUGGAGUGAAUAUUUUUCGAACUCACCAGUUGUUCUGUCGAGAUGUACUUAACUUGCGUCCUGGAGAAAUGGGUAUUGUCAGCAAUGGGAAAUUCUUAGGACCUUUAGAUGAAAAUUUCUGUGCAGAAGAUUUCUCCUUGUUGGAAAGGAUAACAUUUACUAAUUCAGAGAAAAUUAAAGACAUUGUUGAAAAUAUGGCAAUCAACUCAAAGGACAUGAGCGACCUUGUUAUGAAAGUUGAUGCCCUUGUUUCCUCUUUGCCUCUACGUGCGUCUCGUUACGAUGUCACAUUUUUAAAAGAGAAUCACAGCAUCAUCAAGAUAGAUCCUCAGGAAAAUGAUAUGUUCUUUGAUGUCAUUGCCGUUGUUGAUCCACUGACAAGAGCAGCACAGAUGAUGGCCCAGUUACUGACAGUGCUUGGAAAGAUCAUCAACAUGAAGUUAACGUUGUUCAUGAACUGUAAGGGCGAGCUCUCAGAAGCCCCUUUAAAGAGUUUUUACCGAUUUGUUCUGGAACCAGAAGUGACGUUUGUAGCUAAUGGCAUCAUUGAACCAGUAGCAAAAUUCUUGGAUGUCCCUGAAUCACCUCUUCUGACCCUCAACGUGAUUACUCCCGAGGGCUGGUUGGUUGAAACAGUACACAGCAACUGUGACCUUGAUAACAUUCACUUAAAGGACAUUGAGAGAACAGUUGUGGCAGAAUACGAGCUGGAAUACCUACUGCUCGAAGGACAUUGCUUUGACAUGACCACAGAACAGCCUCCUCGGGGUCUGCAGUUCACACUCAGCACAAAAAGUCAGCCUGUCGCAGUUGAUACAAUAGUGAUGGCCAAUCUUGGAUAUUUUCAAUUAAAAGCAAACCCAGGUGCUUGGAUACUGAAAUUACGCCAUGGAAAAUCUGAAGAUAUUUAUCAAAUAGUUGGGCAUGAAGGAACUGACUCCCAGUCACACCCAGGAGAUGUCAUUGUUGUGUUAAACAGCUUCAAAAGCAAAAUACUGGAAAUACAAGUGAAAAAAAAGCCAGGCAAAAUUAAGGAAGAUAUCCUGAGCGAUAAAGGUGAAAAAAAAGGAAUGUGGGACUCCAUUAAAAGUUUCACAAGAAGUUUGCGUAAAGAAAAUGACAAAAAGGAAACAGACAUACUGAACAUUUUCUCAGUUGCUUCUGGCCACUUAUAUGAACGCUUUUUAAGAAUUAUGAUGCUUUCUGUCUUACGUAAUACUAAAACACCAGUGAAGUUCUGGUUCCUAAAAAACUACCUCUCACCGACAUUUAAAGAGGUGAUCCCUCACAUGGCUCAGGCAUAUGGGUUCCAGUAUGAACUGGUCCAAUAUAAGUGGCCCCGCUGGCUUCAUCGACAGACGGAAAAGCAAAGGGUUAUUUGGGGUUACAAAAUUCUGUUUCUUGAUGUCCUUUUUCCUCUGGCAGUGGACAAAAUCAUUUUUGUUGAUGCCGACCAGAUCGUGAGGCAUGACCUGAAGGAGCUGCGGGACUUCGACCUGGACGGAGCCCCUUAUGGGUACACCCCGUUCUGUGAUAGCCGCACUGACAUGGACGGGUAUCGCUUCUGGAAGAAGGGAUAUUGGGCAUCACAUCUUUUAAGAAGGAAAUACCAUAUCAGUGCUUUAUACGUAGUGGAUCUCAAGAGGUUCCGGAGAAUCGCUGCAGGGGACAGGCUCCGGGGCCAGUACCAGGCCCUCAGUCAGGACCCAGGAAGCCUCUCAAACCUGGAUCAGGAUCUUCCCAAUAAUAUGAUUUACCAAGUUGCCAUCAAGUCCCUUCCUCAGGACUGGCUGUGGUGCGAGACCUGGUGUGACGACGAAUCCAAGCAGAGAGCCAAGACCAUUGACCUGUGCAAUAAUCCCAAAACAAAAGAACCCAAACUAAAAGCUGCUGCCAGGAUUGUCCCAGAAUGGGUGGAAUAUGACAGAGAGAUCCGGCAACUGUUGGACCACCUGGAAAACAAGAAGAAAAAUGCAAUUUUGGCACAUGAUGAACUCUAGCAUUGGCUUUUAUGAGAAAGAAGAUAAACGUAUGACAAGA